AUGCGAGCUGUGCUUCCAGGAAAGCCACGGGCGAAGCUGCAAGCUGUCUGUACGUGCUACUGGCAGGACAGACGACUGAUUGCAUAUAUCACCGGAAAUGCCUUCGUCGUGCUCGCCGGGCCCGAGUCCCUCCUGCAAACUAUCUACGAUGAUGACGAGGACCACCUCGAUGCGAUCACUAUCGACGAGGCGUCUGGGAAGAUAGCGACGUGUGCUGGGCCUAAAAUCCGUGUCUACAAGCCCUACGGGCAAGGGGAAGACGCUCUGAAGUGGUCUCUCCAACACAGCUUUUCUAUCGACGGACCCCCGACAGAUUCCGCGACGACGCUAUCAUGGGGUGUCGCAGAAGAGCUGCUCGUUGGCAGCUCCUUGCUGACCCUCUUCGCGACAGCAGAUACGCCGACCCCCAUCUGGAAGAAAGAGCCAGCCAAUGCGGUCAAAAUCGCCAAGUUCUCCUACGACUCCGCUUACGUCGCGUCGACCGGAAAAUACGACCGUCUGGUCAAGAUUUGGCGGAGGUUAUCCUUCGGCGCAGACGACACGCGCUUCGAUUUCAGCUACCUGCCUCACCCUGCCACGGUGACGGGCAUGCACUGGAGGAGGCCGUACCACGCCGACCAGACGAUCGAGAAUGUGCUCUAUACGAUGUGCGCGGACAAUGUGCUGAGGAUAUGGGCGGUCACUGACCCGCACGCUUCGCAAGACUUGCAGCUCUGGGGAAAGAUUGAUUUGGAGGAAUCGAUACAACCGAGAGGGUUGGCGGAGAAGUCGAACCUACGAUUCGCGUUUGUUAUUGACGGGAGAGAUUUUAUGUUGGCGACGGAGCAUGCGGUUCAGGCGAAAGCUUCUGAAGGUCGCGAGGACCAUGCUCUCUCUCACUUGAUCGAGGUUGCGAAUCGGAGCCCUGAGAUAUGUGUGGUGCUAGAUGAGCACGGGAAUAUGUCUGCAUGGGGACUCGAGAACGUGGGGAUCAAAGCACGGCAGAAGACGAGCAUUUUCAAUGUUGCGCAUUUGGAAGGGUUGAAUCUGGGACUUCCGAAAGACUUGGAAGAUGAUGCGAGUUAUGUCCAGUUCUACAAUUUCUGCAACAAAUCUGGCGCAGGUCUGAAUAUCCUAGUCCACCACUUCGAUGGCAGGAUCGAGUAUUUCGAGAGUAAUGUGGCCGAGCUGUUCGACCCUUCUCGCAAAAAACAGAGGUUGGUGUCGAAAGCCAUCUGGACCGGACACUCUGCUAGCAUCAAGAAGAUGGUGCGGAAUGUCGGCGGACAAGCUGUCGUCUCAAGGACCGACGGCAAUGAAAGCAUUGUGUGGAAGCACAUGGAUCGCGAGGGUGGAGCGUCGAUUUUCAGGCAAAGUUUGGUCACUGAGCAGGAUCAUGUCCACAGAAUAUGUGUGCUGAGAAAGGGUAAUUUUGUGAUUUUCUUGCAUCACGAGAGAAUCGCAUUAUGGGAUACGCGGUCUCUGGAAGCAACUCUGCUAGCCAGCUGCGAGUUCUCGCUCGCCGGAAAGCCUCUUUGCAUUCUGAUGUUGCCAGAGGCGGAAAAUGAUGGUCUUGUAGCCCAUGUGGCUACAAUCACCUCGAAGAUGAAAGGUGUGAUCUGGGAGAUGAGACUGCCUGUGGCCGGUAAGAGCUGUACAGCUACCAAUGGCGAUUCGAAGCCGUCCAUCCGAGAGUUCUGCCAGUUUGAUCUGGGGGAGGACGAUGAUCUGGCGUAUGUGCUUCCAGUCGACCCGGCUGGUUCGCCACCAGUGAUGUCUGGGUUCUUGGACACUUUCGCCAGAGAUAUUGCACUCUCUUAUACUCAUUCUGGAGUGAUCCGAUCGUGGACUGCUAGACUUGACCUUGAAGCAAAGAAAGUAGAAUGGCUGCAAACAUGCUCGGUAGUGACUGGCAUUUCAGGGCCAUCGCUAGCAAGCGCGAACUCCAUACGCAAAGCUGCGCUUGUAGAUUCAACGAAGUCAGAGCUGACCAUCUGGGAUGUCCGAGGCGCUCAGCUAGAGUUCUCGCAGAGUUUCGCAUCCCAAGACACGAUACAAGAUCUUGACUGGACAUCGACGCCAGAUGACCAGUCGAUCCUUGCUGUAGGUUUUCGCUUCAGAGUCAUCCUGCUUGCUCAGAUGCGCUUCGAUUACCUCGAUAAGGGGCCAGCAUGGGCUUCGAUUAGAGAGUUCAACAUCCGAGAUCUCACGCCUCAUCCCAUUGGGGACUCUACUUGGCUCGGAGGCGGCAAUCUCAUUAUUGGUGCUGGCAACCAAGUCUUCGUCUUUGGCAAAGAGGUGGACCACUCAGCUCCUGCGGUGUUGAGUCUUGGACUCCCUCCUCGGAAGCAGCCUUGGGACCUAUUCGAAGUUGUCACGAGGUUCAAUGGACCGCUUCCUGUGUACCAUCCGCAAUUCUUGGGCCAGUGCACGCUGGCUGGGAAGAGUAUGGCUGUUCAGCAUGUGCUCCUUGCCUUGCACAAGACCUUAAAGUACUAUGUCGAGGGUGACGCUAUUGAUAGUCAUCUAGGCAUGGAUCUGGAGGAAUUCUAUACGAACAACGAUGUGAUAUCAUCUUCCACAGCUAUAAGCAGAGCGAACAAAUCUUUCGGCGCCUUUUCAGAUGAUGAGGAGGAGGCCGAGACGGUGACCGAGAGCGUCGCAGCUGCGAUCAACGAAAAGCUAACGAAGAUUGCACUACCACAACUCUCUAGACAAGAGCAAAUUACUCUUGCUGACAACGUCGAGUGCGUUGCCAUUGUCGAGAAGCAGCGUCGCUCAAUGGACGACAAUGCUGCUCGGUUCAUGCUUUUCUUCCGCCAACAUAUUCUGCACCGUGGUCGUGCGAAUGAAGUUCGACUUUCGUGGCGGGAGAUCAAUUGGGCGUACCAUAGCAACAGUCAGGAUAUCUUGGCAGAUAUGGUGAAUCGGCAGUUCCACAGCAAAAUGCUCUGGGAGCAUGCACGCGAGAGUGGCAUAUUCAUGUGGAUGACGGAUUCUACCGCACUAAAAGCUCAAUUCGAAGUCAUUGCUCGGAAUGAGUACACGAAAAGCGACUUCAAGAACCCGCAGGAUUGUACUCUGUACUAUCUUGCUCUCAAAAAGAAAACGGUUCUCCAAGGACUGUGGCGUAUGGCUGGCUGGAACCGGGAACAGGUUGCGACUCUGCGGCUUCUCUCGAACAAUUUCAAUGAGAAGAAGUGGAAGACUGCGGCUAUGAAGAAUGCGUAUGCUCUCCUUGGAAAGCAUAGACAUGAGUAUGCAGCAGCGUUUUUCCUCCUCGCAGACUGUCUACGGGAUGCUGUCAGCGUCAUCUUGAACCAACUCAAAGAUCUUCAGUUGGCGAUCGCAGUCACCCGAGUCUACGAAGGCGAGAAUGGACCUGUACUGAAGGAGCUCUUGACCGACAAAGUCCUGCCUCUAGCUGCCCAGGAGGGUAACCGGUGGCUGGCAUCGUGGGCAUUUUGGAUGCUUCACAGAAGAGACAUGUCUGUGAGAGCACUGAUAUCGCCUGUCUACACGCUCCUGGAGACCCCCCAGGCGCCAGACCUCCAAUCUAAACUCUUCCUCACCGAUGACCCCGCGCUGGUCGUCCUCUAUGCCCAGCUCCGGCAGAAGACGCUACAAACGCUUCGUGGCGCCUCAAAGAUAACGCCCAAGGUGGAAUGGGCUUUCGUGAUACACAACGCCCGAUUGUACGAUCGUAUGGGCUGCGAUCUGCUUGCUUUAGAUCUCGUCCGCAACUGGGAAUUCCUUCUCCCCGCACCUACAGCAUCCAAGGACAUUGGCGGCGACCCGGAUAUGCGCUCCAUGCUACGCCGGCGCUCUUCGCUCGUCGUCGCCGAUCUACCGGUGUCCAAAUUGUCGAUGGACAUGCAGUCCGGGGGGCACAAGCCGGCGCCUAGCGUGUUCAAGGAGCCCGAGUCGAGCUCGCUGUUAGAUAGUUUUGGGUUCUGA